UGGCGACAUGUCUCAGCUGUUUGCCACCACGUCAGUCAGAGAACUUUACGGAGAGAUUCGUGAGAUUGUGAAAAGAAAUUUAAGAAGUGGCAGUAUUUACAAAAGCAAAGAAAAAAAAAAAAAAAACAAAGAAAGCAAAUUAAAAGAUUUGAUAUUUGAAUAAUCACUAAUUUUGAACGAAGAUGGGUUUGCUUAUUUCAAAUCUCCUCAACAAUUUCCUAAGCAAGCAAAAUGUGCGCAUACUAAUGGUGGGGUUGGACGGUGCUGGCAAAACCACGAUCCUAUACAAGCUCAAAAUCGGCGAAGUUAUUUCAACUAUUCCUACCAUUGGCUUUAACGUUGAAACAGUCGAAUAUAAGAACAUUUGUUUUACAGUUUGGGAUAUCGGUGGCCAAAAGAAAAUAAGAAAUCUAUGGAAUCAUUAUUACCCCAACACAUCGGCUGUCAUUUUUGUAGUUGAUUCAUCAGACGUACAGCGUAUGGACGACGUAAAAGAAGAAUUACACGGAAUGAUGUCGAAUGAGGUGCUGGCCAAUUCUGUGUUACUAGUAUUUGCCAACAAGCAAGACUUACCAAAUGCUCUGAGCUGUGCGGACCUAACGAAGCGGCUGGAAUUGCAUACACUUAAACAAGACUGGCACGUUCAUGCCACAACGGCUACAACUGGAAAAGGUCUCUACGAAGGUUUGGAUUAUUUGAGGGACAUGUUGGAGAAGAAAUAAAGCAUUCUUAACCCGAAUUCAUAUGAUGGACAUUCGCAAAUGUAUUCUUAAGUUAAUUUUUAAUGUAAACGCAAACUUGAUUAAUAAAUAAGCCUCUGUAUAAUCGAUAUUUAUAAGAAAAAUUGUCUUGAUAUGCAUUACUCCAGUUGUAAAAGAUAAUUAGCGGCACACCCUCUUCCGAACCCAAUCAAUUAAGGACGCCCCAAGGCUGGUGAAAUUAUAAAGUACUAGAUACUGCAAAUGGUGAUUUGGAAUUUUUUAUUUAUACUAGUUCAAGGAUUAUACUGGCAACUGUAGGGCUGUUGCCACAAAAUCCAUGUAGACUGUCCGCAUCAAAAUGUUUGACAGUUUGAGUACUAGGAAAUGUGAGAUUAUUAAAUAUCGCUGACUGUUUAAUUAGGAAUCAAGUCGACGGCUACUUUGAUAAACGCCUCAAUUUUUAGGAAAAUCACGUACAUGUGUAUUUCUAGCUUUUUUCUUACCUUCAAAGUUUUCAAGCAUGCUUUUAACAUCAUCUUUCAACCGCACUUGAUAAGAUUUCAAUAAAGCCUCUUUGGAUUGGGGUAAUGCGCGAUUUGGAUUCAUCCUUCCGAGAAAAGGCAAGCGCGUCUAACAGAUUUGGCGAAA